AUGAAGGUGGCCGAAGAGGACCCCGAGGCGGCCGCCAAGAAGGCCGCCAAGAAGGCCGCCAAGGCUGCCGAGGCGGCCGCCAAGAAGGCCAAGCUCGAGGCGAAGAAGGCCAAGCUCGCGGAGAUGGAGGCCGCUAAGAAGGCCAAGGAAGCCGCAGGCGGCGGCGACGGCGGCAAGAAGAAGAAGGAGAAGAAAGGCGGCGUCGACGAGGAGGACCUCGCCGCGCUCAAGGCGGCGCAGGCCGUGCCAAAGGGCGAGUACAAGGAUCCCGCGGUGGUCCCGAUGGCCAAGGCGUACGAUCCGAAGAAUGUCGAGGCCGCGUGGUACGACUGGUGGGAGAAGGAGGGGUACUUCAAGCCCACGAUGGGCACCUCCAAGCCCAAGUUCGUCAUCGUCAUCCCUCCCCCCAACGUCACCGGCGCGCUGCACAUCGGCCACGCCCUGACCAACUCCAUCCAGGACACCAUCGUGCGGUGGCGAAGGAUGAGCGGCUACGAGGCCCUCUGGGUGCCCGGCACCGACCACGCGGGCAUCGCCACGCAGACCGUGGUGGAGAAGAAGCUCCAGCGCGAGGAGGGGAUCACGAGGCACGACCUCGGCCGCGAGAAAUUCCUCGAGCGAGUGUUCGAGUGGAAGGAGCAAUACGGCGGCAAGAUCUUCAACCAGCUCAAGCGACUCGGUUCGUCCCUGGACUGGUCCCGGGAGCGCUUCACCAUGGACGAGAUGCUCUCCAAGGCUGUCAAGGAAGCGUUUGUCCGCAUGCACGCCGACGGACUCGUGUACCGCGAUAACCGCCUCGUGAACUGGUGCUGCCGACUCAAGACGGCCAUCUCCGACAUCGAGGUCGAUUACGUCGACCUCGAUGGCAGCAAGGAGAUGUCCGUUCCCGGCCAGGACGGCAAGGUCGAGUUCGGCUCCAUCUGGUCCUUCGCCUACCCCAUCGAGGGCGGCGGGGAGAUUGUCGUGGCCACCACCCGCCCCGAGACGAUGCUCGGAGACACCGCCGUCGCCGUGCAUCCCGACGACGCCCGCUACAAGGACGUCCAGGGCAAGCACGUCAUCCACCCGUUCAACGGCCGUAAGAUUCCCAUCAUCUGCGACGCCGAGCUCGUGGACAUGUCGUUCGGUACCGGAGCGGUGAAGAUCACCCCCGCGCACGAUCCCAACGAUUUUCAGACGGGCAAGAGGCACAACCUCGAGUUUAUCAACAUGCUCACGGAGGAGGGCAUGAUCAACGACGAGGGCGGCGACAGGUUUAAGGGCAUGAAGCGGUUUACCGCGCGCCCAGCGGUCAUCGCCGCCCUCGACGAGCUCGGCCUCUACCGCGGUAAGGCGGAUAACCCCAUGCGCCUCGGCCUGUGCUCCCGCUCCAAGGACGUCAUCGAGCCGAUGCUUAAGCCGCAGUGGUGGGUCGCGUGCGAUAAGAUGGCCGCGGAGGCUUGCGACGCCGCGCGAUCCAAGGAGCUCGAGAUCCUUCCCAACUUCAUGGAGCCCACCUGGUUCAGGUGGCUCGAGAACAUCCGCGACUGGUGCAUCUCGCGACAGCUGUGGUGGGGGCACCGAAUCCCCGCGUACUACGUCAAGUUCGAAGGCGAGGCUGAGGAGGAGUGCGGCAUGCCGGGCGGUUCCUCGGAGAAGCUCGACAGGUGGGUCAUCGGCCGCGAGGAGGACGAGGCUCGCGCCGAGGCCGAGAAGAAGUUCCCGGGGAAGGCCUUCACGCUCGAGCAGGACGAGGACGUGCUCGACACCUGGUUCUCCUCUGGCCUUUUCCCCUUCUCCGUGUUUGGCUGGCCGGACGAGACCCCGGAUCUCGCGGAGUUUUACCCAACCGCGCUGCUGGAAACCGGCCACGACAUCCUGUUCUUCUGGGUCGCGCGUAUGGUCAUGAUGGGCAUGAAACUCACCGGCAAGGUUCCCUUCAAGCAGGUGUACCUUCACGCCAUGGUCCGCGACGCGCACGGCAGGAAGAUGUCCAAAUCCCUCGGCAACGUCAUCGACCCUCUUCACGUCAUCGAGGGCAUCUCGCUGAAGGAUCUCAACGAGACCCUCACCGGCGGCAACCUCGACGAGAAGGAGGUCAAAAAAGCGCAGCAGGGCCAGGCGCAGGAUUAUCCCGAGGGCAUUCCCGAGUGCGGUACCGACGCCAUGCGCUUCGCCCUCGUCGCGUACACCGCGCAGGGCCGCGACAUCAACCUCGACGUGCUCCGAGUCGUGGGCUACCGCCACUGGUGCAACAAGCUCUGGAACGCUAUUCGAUUCGCCAUCAUGAACCUCGGCGACGAUUACAAGCCUCCCGAGGAACCCCUCACCGUCAACACCCCCGGCCUGCCCCCCGCGUCCAAGUGGGCGCUUCACAGGCUCAACUCCGCGGUCAAGACCACCGUCGACGCCAUGGAAGUCUACGACUUUAGCAACGCCACCACCGGCGUCUACGCGUUUUGGCAGUACGACGUUUGCGACGUGUUCAUCGAGCUCAUGAAGCCGGUGAUGAACGGCGCGGACGAGGCCGCGAAGAAGGCGACGCGUGACACGCUCUGGACCUGCCUCGACGGCGGCCUCAGGCUCCUCCACCCGUUCAUGCCCUUCGUCACCGAGGAGCUCUGGCAGCGCCUGCCCCGCAGGGCUGCUGAGACGGCGCCGUCCAUCAUGGUGGCUGAUUACCCCGCCUUCACUGACGCCCGCGUCGACGCCGCCGUGGAGGAGUCCAUGGCCGUCGCGCAGGAGAUCGUCAAGGCCACCAGGUCCCUCCGAGCCGCGUAUAACCUCCAGCCAAAGGCCAAGGCUGAGCUCUUCGUCGUGACCCGCGGCGACGUCGCCACCGUCGCGGCGAAACAAUUCGCCGAGGGCAUCGCCACGCUGGCGGGAUGCGCGAGGGUCGACGUCAUCGGUCCCGACGACGAGGUUCCGCCGGGAUGCGGCGUGACGGUCAUCAACGAGUCCGUCAGCGUGUACCUGAUGCUCAAGGGCGUCGUGGAUCCCGCGGCGGAGAUUGCCAAGCUCGAGAAGAAGAGCUCGCAGACGAUGAAGUCCAUCGCGGCUCUUCAGAAGCAGAUGGAGAUGCCGGGGUACGAGGAGAAGGUGCCGGAGAACGUCCGCGCGGACAACGCGGAGAAGCUGUCAAAGCUCGGGGCGGAGGUGGCGUCCACCGCGGCGGCGAUGGAGGACUUCAAGAAGCUCAUAUAAGAGCUUAGCGACAUUGUUAAUACGAAGACACAAGACGGCG